UAAGAAAAAAAUAGAUCGCCGAUGAUAGAUUACGAUAGACGCCUGAUAAUGAGCUAUUAUCGAGCUAUGUGAUCGGAUAAAAUGAGUAUAUUAAGGGCAGCAGAUAUUGAGGACUGAAAAAUUGACGAUUAGCAGUAGCAGCCGCAGCCACCGUCAUGAAAUUCUUACUUAUUUUAUUCGUUGUGGCCGUCGGAUAUGUAGCAGCGGACAGAAAUGAGGUGGUUUGGACCGAAGAAAUGGUGCAAGAUGUCAUGUCUCGACCAUCCAUCGACGCAGAAUUGACCGUCCCCGAAUUGAUCACCAAGUACGGUUACAUCCAGAACAGUUAUAAAGUCACCACCAGAGAUGGUUACAUUCUCGGAGUACACAGAAUGUACUCACCUCACGGAAGACCUAUCGCGGAUAGGCCGGUCGUUUUCUUGAUGCACGGUUUGCUCAGCAGUUCAGCCGACUGGGUCAUCAUGGGACCUGGAAAGGGUCUGGCCUACAUUCUGGCCGACGCCGGAUACGACGUAUGGAUGGGAAAUGCAAGGGGAAACACUUACUCCAGAGCUCACAGAUCGUACACGGAUUAUUCUGGUGAAGAUUUCUGGUACUUUUCUUGGCACGAAAUCGGGAAAUACGAUCUUCCUGCAAUGAUCGAUUUAGCCCUGAACACCACGGGACAAAAGCAAGUAAUCUACGUAGGUCACAGCCAAGGAAGCACCUCGUUCUUCGUUAUGGCAUCGGAGAUACCCGAGUACAAUCAGAAGAUCAAAGCAAUGUUCGCCCUGGCGCCUGUUGCUUACAUGAAACAUUUGAUCAGCCCUAUGUUGCAAUUAGCAUCUAGCGCAACGAUGCCGUUGUCGCUGAUUUUGAAGUUGUUCGGUGUGCACGAGUUCCUCCCGUCCAGUGAUUUGAUCGACACAGUUGGAGCAACUUUCUGUCACGAUGAUGCUCUCACGCAAGUUUUAUGCAGCAACGUGUUAUUCCUUUUGUGCGGAUUCAACAAGGCCCAGUUGAACACGACUGCACUUCCGACGAUCUUUGCCCAUAUUCCAGCAGGUGCAUCGACUCGCCAGCUAAUUCACUACGGACAAGAAAUCAGCUCUGGAAAAUUCAGGCGAUACGAUCACGGUUUGGUUUCCAAUCUGAUCCAAUACGAUUCGUUGCAUCCACCGAAGUACGAUCUGAGCCGCAUCACCGCACCGGUCCACUUGUUUCACAGCGACAACGAUUGGAUGGCUGCCGUCAGGGAUGUGAAAAAGUUGUACUCGGAGCUUGGGAAUCCGGUUGAGCUUUACCGAAUCCUCGAUGGGAAAUGGAACCACCUGGACUUCACGUGGGGUAUCGAUGCCAAGGAACUCGUGUACGAUAAAAUCGUGAAUACCUUGAAGAAAACGACGGCUGUGGUUUUCGCGGCAUCGGUUGUACUGCAAGGAAAUGCUAUAACGGCAUGGAGCAUGUCGGAUAUUGGAAAUUAUUUCGGAUCGUCGACGCAAUCGAAAAACAGGUUCGGUCUCGACGUAAUUCCCGAGUAUAAACUGGAGAAGCACACAUUUUACACUUCAUUGGAAUCGGCAACGAAUGGUUCGGAGGAAAUUCUACUUUACAGAAUACCCGGAGGGCCGAAAUCCCCCCCUAAACGUGGAAAGCAGACCUUUCUUAUCCAACACGGGGUGCUCUGCGAUGUUGAUCGAUGCAACGUCAACCAGCCAAUUUUCGCGAUUUCGUACCUCCUCGUCGAUCAAGGCUACGACGUCUGGCUAGGGCAAUGUAAUUUCAACGACUCCGUCAGCUUAUCGGAGAACGAGGAGAAAAAAAGAUUAGCGCCCGUCGCAAAGUACAUUAUGGCGGAAACUGAUAAAGAUGAAAUUUCUGUUAUGGGAAAUUUCGACGGUUCGCUGAAAAUAUUCGGAAUGACAGCAAAUGAGCCGGAACCCGACGAGGAGCAGUCCACGUUCUCAAGAUGGUUGGAAAAGAUUCCCGGAGUCACAACCGCGAAGAAAUGGUACAAUCAAGGACGAAAUUAUAUAAGUACUAGCUACGACAAAGUGGUCCACAGUUUCGACGACCUCGGUAGAAGAAUCGAUUACGUCAUCGACGACUUGUCAAUUCGCGAAUUAAAAAAAAAAGUUCUCAACUCGUGGGGUAUGCUGUCGUCAGCUGUCGGACCGACUCUCAACAUCGAUGACUUUUCCAAAAUGAUCGACGACCCCGAGGUUCACCUUUCAACUCCGGAGCUUAUCCGAAAAUAUGGUUACGAAACUGAAACUCAUACAGUUGAAACCGAAGACGGAUUUAUUUUAACGGUCCAUCGUAUCGCGGGUGGGAAAAAGUAUCCCCCUGGGAAAAAUAAACCAGCGAUAAUUCUACAGCAUGGGAUUCUGUGCAGUUCCGCGGACUGGGUGAUCAUGGGUCCUUCGAAAUCUUUGGGUUACAUACUCGCCGACCAUGGCUAUGACGUAUGGUUGGGAAAUUCCAGAGGGAACACUUAUUCGAAACGGCACAAGAAUCUUACGAGUGCCGAUGCUGCAUUUUGGGAUUUUUCAUGGCACGAAAUGGGCCUAUACGACGUCCCGGCUGUGAUCGAUUACGUUCUCAACGAAACAAAAAUGUCAAACCUCUCAUACGUUGGCCAUUCCCAAGGUGCUACUCAGCUUCUCGUCGCACUUUCAGAAAGACCAGAAUACAAUCGGAAAAUCAACUUUGCUGCGAUAUUUGCGCCGAUCGCGUACGCCGGCAACAUGCGAAGUCCGAUAGUGACUCCCUUCGCAAGGAUAAGCACCCCUCUUUACUUCCUAUUCAAAUUAGUUGGAGUCAACAAUUUUUUACCAACGAAUGCAUUCCUCUCCGAAAUCGGGCGAGAUAUUUGCGAGUCGAGAUCGGUUCUCCAGGUUGUUUGCAGUAACACUUUGUUUCUGGCAACAGGUUACGAUUCUAGUCAAAUGAAUUUGACGAUGCUUCCGGUCAUUCUGGGGCAUGUACCAGCCGGAGCAUCCACGAAGCAAUUUGUUCACUACGCUCAGCUCUAUAACUCUAAAAAGUUCCGACAGUUUGAUUAUCUGAUUCCGUACAGAAACAGGCAAAAAUACAAUCAGAGCGAACCGUUGGAGUACAAUCUUCGGAACAUAGAAGUCCCCAUGGCAAUUUUUUAUGCUUCGAAUGAUCUUUUAGCGGAUUACACGGACGUGGAAAGGCUGGCAGGUGAACUUCCGAACGUAGCGAUGCUACACAGAGUUUCACUGGAAAAUUUCAAUCAUGUUGAUUUCCUUUACGCUCUCGAUGCCCCGACUCUAGUUUAUCAUCAGCUCAUAGAUUCCUUACGGGACCAUCAAGACCUGUAGGGGUGAAAACUAACUUUUAGCAAAAAUAUGUAAAUAUCUAUGAACUGCAAAUAUAAAUUAAUCCACCAAUGAA